AUGCUGACAAGCCUUUUAAAAAGGUUGUAAACUAACGAAUUGGAAUUCAGUAGAUAUUAGUAACAAUAAUUAAGCAAUUAAAUAUUUUCUUAAAUAUUUUUUAUUUUGUAAAUCAAUUUUGAUUACAUCAUGCUGCUUUUUAGAUUAUUAAUACUAUCAAUGAGUUCUUAUUAGUAGAUUUUGUACCAUGAAAGUUUUACAAGCAAUUCCUUCAUAACUUCAGAGGGUAUUUAAAUAUAGUAAUUGAAGAGUGGGUGUUAAGUGGGGAAACUUUAAUAUAUAGUAACUGUGGUACAGUACGACUCUUUGGGGGAUUUGGAGCAUUUGGUAAAGGCACUUCAGCUACAAAGUUAAUUUAGUUACCACCUCAUCAUACAAUUCAAAUAAAUCUGGAAUUUUGGAAGUAAGAUUUUUAGGAAUUAUAGAAUUGAUUCAUGGGAUAGUGAAAUUUUUUUCAUCUAUUUAGAUUAGGUUUCAGGUUUCUAAUAAAGCUAUGGAAGUGGAGGUACUUAAAUUUGCGGAGGAGGAUAAGGUGAAAUAAUUCAGCAGAUAAGCAUUACGAAAGCUCAUAACUUUUAAUCUCUUUUUAUCCUCAUGACAUCAAGUUUAAAUGAGAAUCAUUCAAAUGUAUUCAAAUCAUAUACUAAAAUAUUAGGAAUCUUGGGGAAUCAGAAAUUUUUAAUUAUAUAUAUAUCCUUGCCCUUCUGGAUGCUAAACUUGCAUUUCAACAGAUUCUAGAGUAGAUUGUAUAUUUUGGAGUAUUGUUGAAGAUAGUCUAAUUAGUGUUGAUUUUAGCACUUUUAAUUCUGAUGGUUGGACAAUAGAUAGAGGAUAAAAAUAUACUAGUAAUUGUUUAUGUAAGUCUUUUAAAUUAAUUAGCGAUUCCUAUGCUUGGGGGAUAUGAUUAUACUGGAGGAAAUAGUUAUAUUUUCAAAAAAAUUAAUUUACCUGCUCAUAAUCAGGUUAAAAUUAAAUUUAGAUUUAUAUUUAUUGAUUCUUGGAAUUCUGAAAAUGCCUACGUUUAUGUGGAUAAUAUUAUGGUUUGGACAUAAAACUUUGAUUACUAAAGUAGAGUUAUAUAGAAUCUAUGUGGAUGGUCUUAUGAUGAUAUACCUCACAAUGAUGAAAUAACUUUAUCUCACUCAAAACAAACAAUAACACUAAAAUUCACAACUGAUUUAGAUUAAAAUCCAACAAAUGAAGCUUUUGGAGUCAGAGAUAUAUAAUUAUAUAUUCGUAAAUUUUGCCAAUAUUUUUAGCUUGUCUUUUUGGUUCCUCUUUCAAUCAAGCCUGUGGAACUAUUUGUGGAAAUGGAGUAUUAGAAUAAAAUGAAUAAUGUGAUGAUGGUAAUAUUUAUGCUUUUGAUGGAUGUUUUAAUUGUUAAUAUUCUUGUGUUGAAGGAUGCUCAAAUUGUAUUGAUGGUAUUUGUUUUGAAUGUUUAAUUGGAUGGAUAUUUUAUUCAGAUUUUAAUACUUGUAUUGCUAUUAUUGAUGAUACUAAAUUUUAAAUUUGGGAAGAAUGUGAUGAUAAUUUACAUUUUUAAAUUUGUUUAAAUGGUAAAUUUAUUUGUCCAUUAAAUUGUUAAUCUUGUUAAUUUGGUAUUUGUUUAUAAUGUAAAUUAAAUUAUGAAUUAAUUAAUAAUAAAUGUGAAUCUAUUUGUUAAAAUUAAUUAAUUGUUAAUGAUAUAUAAUGUAUAGAUAAUAAUUUAUAACCAUUUGAUUAAUGUAAUUAAUGUUAAUAUGAUUUAUAAUAAGGUUGUUAAUUAUAAAUUAAUGGAUUUUGUAUUUCAUGUUUAAAUGGAUGGAUAUUAGAUAAUACUUAAUCUAUUUGUAUUCCUAUUUGUGGAGAUAUUAUUAUUAAUGGACAUGAAUAAUGUGAUAUUAAUUAAUAUAUUAAAUAAUCAUUUGGAUGUAAUUAAUGUGAAUUUAAUUGUUAACAUUAAUGUAUAAAUUGUUAAUUUGGAAAAUGUUAUGAUUGUAUAU